CUCGGCCGGCCAGCGCCGGCAGGGCGGCUGCUGCCGGUGGGGCAGCACCUCCGCCUGCUGCACGGCAAGGCUGGGGGAGCUCCUGGGAGUCCCGCUGGCACGGGUGUGCUGAAGUGUCUGUGGGGGAAGGCUGGGGCCGCGGCUGCUUCUUGGGGGUUUCCCGUAAGCAGCCGGGUGCUGCCUGUGUCAGCAGGUCUCGUCUUCCGAGGGGCGCGAGGUUUCCCAGCGCAGGGCGAGUGGCCGGUGUGGGAUGUCCCUGUGCGCGCAUCCUGCCGCAGAAGAUAAUCGCUUCUCUUAAGCUGGGUGAAACUGCGUCACAAGCCACUACAGCCACGUCUGCCACUUUCUGCUACCUCCUGCUGGCUUCUACGAAGAAAGGAAGAGGAAACUCUUUUAUCUUCCAUGAAAUCUGCUUGCUGGCAGGGAAAUUUAGGAAGCAGGGGGGCCGAGCCACGCUUUAACAGUUCACUGUCAGUAGCAGAGCAGGUACUCUUGUGCUUCUGCGACAGAGGCCCUGUGGGGUGAGGCCAGCUCUGGCAGCCAGGAAAGGCCAGGGCACUUGUGCUUUUCCAACUGGUGGCUCAGCAGUGGAGCACAAUCCGUAAGGGAGUGCAGGGAAGUGUUUUUCUUUUGGUGUCCUUGGUCUGGGCUGGGAGAUGUCUCUCUGGCAGCAUCUCCUGCAGCCAGUCUAGGGGAGAGCAGACCAAAUUUUUGGCAGCAGUGCUACCCUAGUCUAGUCCCAGAAGUGGCUGCAGAGGUCCCAAGGCCACCAUGGAGGCUGGCUCUCUCCUGGGGAACUCUCCUUGGCCAACAGAGAUGCCAGGGCUGGGCAGAUCCAGUUGGAUGACCACGAUCUGGCUGGGCUGCAGGUGGGGUGGCUGCCGCAGGCAUGGGGGCAGGUGGGCGCAGUCCCUUGCAGCACUGGCUGGCUGCACCUGGCAUCCUGACUCAGUCCCUGCUCUAGUUCCAGGGAAGGGUGUCCCUGCAGUGCCCUCCAUACAGACCCAUUUCUGCUGCAGACAGAAAUGAUGCCAUGAAGCUGGUGGUUUGCCUGAGCAACUGAGGCAUCAGUGCCUUUAUAAUCUUACAGCACCUACAGCCUCUGCCAGGAAUGGCCAAGAAUGGAUCUGUGUGUUUGUUGGUGUGCUUCUGGCCUUUGCACCCAGGUGACAACCAGAGCACCCACUCUCUGUUUAUGUUGUUAAUGUUGAGGGUUGUCAUAGUGUCUUCCCACCCGGUGAGUCCUGUGCCAUGUGGCAAGGAAUAAGCUUUAACAGGACUUGAAGGACCAGUUGGCCAGAGUAGCUAAGAGGAAGCUUGAGGAUUGCACACAAAGCAGAUACUGUCUCAUUCAGGUGAAGCCAAACUAAAGACCUGGGCAAACAGGGAAAUGCCUUCAAGCCUGGCUCAGUUCUGUGCCUGCAGGUGCUGGAGGCCAUGGCUGGAAGAUGCCCUUCACCAUGAAGUCUCUUUGCCCCAUGUUCCCUUUCCCCAGUGCAGCAGCUGCUGACAUCUUGGCCCUCCAGCGCUUGGCAGUUGGCAGCUGGGCAGCAAUGGGGUGGGAGACACUUUGUGGGGCUGAGCCCCCCAUUCUUGGGGUGGUGUGAGGCCAUGGAAGGCUGGCAGCUGUACCAUGAAUGAACCUGGAGCAUGGACCAGUCUGCCCCUCAGUGCUGUGCCAGCCACACCUGCUGGUCUUUGGGCUGGGUUUGUGUGUCCUUGCUUGUGAGCACCCCUUCCCCAGCCCACUGAAGCCCGUGGGCACAUGGCAUUCCUACUGCUGGGCUGCAGGUGGGCUCCCAGCCUGGUGUUCCCUGCCCGUGCGUGCGUGUGUUCCGUGUGUUCCUGUGCGUGUCACUUGUGUGGAACGCCCCAAGUGCCACAGGCACCUUAUGCACUUAGGCUGGCAAGGAAAUCCCUGCACCAGUACAGCAGGUGAUGACAGGGUGCUGUCACAGGACAGGUGAUGGAAGGGCACGUCCUGCAGCCCAGAGCAGGGGCAGAGCCAGACUAGGCUGUGGAUCGACACCUUGGCAGCAUUACGACUGCUGCUGACAAAGCUUAAGGCAGAUAGUUAGAGAACCCACCCUGAGCAGCUGCUGUUUGUAUCUGCAGCUGUACUACAGGACAAGGUCAGGGUGUUUGGGCUGGGCCUGAGUCCCUGCAUGUGGCUACGGUGAGAUGUUUUGUCUGGGAGUCAGAGAUGAGUAGAGCUGCUGGAGCCUGUGGACCUCAGAUCCUGCCUGGGCCACGGCGGUCUCAGCUCCCUCGGCACCAAAGGGCCUGCUGGUAGUAUCCAGUGUGGAGGGGAGGGGAUGGGCUGGGGAGACUCCAGGGAAAGGGACUGCAGCCUUAGCUUCGGGAGAGUGUGAGGAUGUGUGCAGGGAGAAGGCUGAACAGCACAGCAGAGGGACUGUGGGCUCACCUCUCCUGGCGUGGAGGGCAGAGCAGGCUGCUCUGUGCUGGGUAAACCUUCUGGUAUUGAUUUGGUGCAUCAAAAAGUUUCUGCCUGCUGUUGCUCCCUGUUACUUGGUUUUUCUCUGCUGGUUUCUCUGUGUGGGCUCUCUGCCCUUUUCCUGCUAUUGCCCACUCACUAGCUGCUUUCACCUGCAAUCCUGCAAGUCCCCCAGGCUGGGGUGCCUGCAGGCAGGGGUGCACCCCCAUGCUGCUCUGUUUCCCAGGGAGCUUGGGCAGAUGGGCAGUUGUAUUCUUCAACCUGAAAGCUAAAAAUGAACCUGAUUUUUCCAUGAAAGUGGGUUUCUGUUGAUUGUGUGUGCAGCCAAGCCUCACCACAGUGUGCUCAGUGAAGGGGAGUGUGGGGGACUCUCCCACCCCCAGUGAGCAGUUUGACCCCUGUGGCCGCAGUGAGAGCCCCAUGGGAUCCUGGCAGGGCAGACCUCGCAGGAUGGGACAGUACGACUGGCUGGCAGUCGUGCUGCCAGUUUGCUGGGCACUGCCACAUGGAGCAGCUGCUCCUGCUGUCUCUUGGGCUGCGCUGGUGCCUCUGAGCCAUGGUCCCCAAGUCCGAGAGGAGGGUUUGUGCCUGGCAGAUGUGCGGCAGUAGCUGUUUCACCCCCUCGCUGCAUCGUGGCUGGGGACAGAGAGGGGUGCCCGGCAGCCCUGUGAGGCGAGUGGGGCACAGCGGCUGCUCAGAUCCAUGCUGGUGGCCCCUCUCUGCUCCUUCUGCAGCUGGGCGCAGGGGCUGCGGGGACAGCGGGUCUCCUCCCCGUCCGUGGCGACGUGCCACCUGCAGCCAGGUGCUUCCCGACCCCGGCGUUUUCUUUGGCAGGGCUGUGGGGUCACCGCGGGUCCCAGGCCAGUGGUUUGCGUAAGAGCGCAGUGCUUCCUGCCUGCCUGCCCCGCAGCACCGCGAUAAGCCCGUGGUGACAAGGGCCCUUUGUCAGCUCCUCUCAGCACCUCAUGUCACAGGGCUGCCUGCAGCAGCUCCUCACCUGCCUAGGCACGGCUGCCAGCGCCCAAAGGAGGCAUCCAGAGAUAAGGUUCAUGGGUGGGGCAGGCAGCCUGCGUCCCGUCCUCCCUCCCACCACUGGUCCGGACUCCAGCUCCGGACCUGCCCCUGUCCAUGCAUCCUCCAUAUAACCCCAUGGGGCACAGCUGGUCCCUGUGCCCCCAAGGGCAGGCCUGGGCUUGCCAGCUACAGGGACGACUCCUGAGCAUGCUGCAGUGACACUGGUGAGUGUUGCCUGUCUGGUGGGUGCCUUCUCCCCCUGGCAGGACCGUGGCCCUGAAGGUGGGCCUGGGGCACCACAGCCCCUGUGGCUGGUGGUCUCUGGUGCAGCACUUGGGGCUGGAUGCCAGGGUCAGCCCAGCCUGAAUACCUGCGGCCAGGGUGCUGCCCUGCAGAACUAACCCAGUUUAGCACAGCAACCUGCCCUGUGCUAGAUUUUCUGGGCUGUUCUCAGCAUCUCGGUUACCAAGGUGACUGUUUCCUGUGUGAUUGCUAAUGCUUCACGAUCUCGAUCAUGGUAUCUGAGUGACUUCCUUUUCUCUGGAAAGAGCACUAGGACCUGCUCCUGCUCCGGGCUGCCAGGCUCAUCGCAGGUGUGGAGGAUUCAGAUCGUGCUUCUGUCCUGGAUGGUGUGUUCCUGUGCUUCUGUGGCCUUGGCCCCAUGUGGGCUUGGGCUGAGCUGGGACCAGUAGGGCAGAGAGGCCGGUGUGCCUCGAAUUGCUGACGCUGGGAGACUGCUGGACCUGCUCCUGCCAGGACCCUCCUGCUCCUGGGACCCUCCUGCUCCCCAGCUCGAGGAACCCCGAUACUCUGAUGGAUCUGAGGCCCUGCUCGCUGCUGUUGCUCUGGACUCUGGUGGUUGCCCUCACUCUCCUGGACCAGGAAGUGCUGGCCCAGCAUAUUUACACCAACACCUGGGCUGUGCUCGUCCCUGCAGGACCCCAGGAGGCUGACAGGCUGGCCAGGAAGCAUGGAUUCCUCAACCUAGGCCCGAUCUUUGGCGACUAUUACCACUUCCGGCACCGCGGCGUGGUGAAGCGUUCGCUCUCGCCCCACCAGCCCUGGCACAGCCGCCUGGCCAGGGAACCCCAGGUGCAGUGGCUGGAGCAGCAGGUGGCAAAGCGCAGGACCAAGCGAGACGUUUUCAUGGAGCCCACGGACCCUAAGUUCCCACAGCAGUGGUACCUGUACAACACAAACCAGCGGGACCUGAACGUGCGUCAGGCCUGGGAACAGGGAUACACGGGCAAGGGCAUAGUGGUGUCCAUCCUGGAUGACGGCAUUGAGAAGAACCACCCUGACCUGGAGGCCAACUAUGACCCAGGGGCAAGUUUUGAUGUCAAUGACCAGGACCCAGACCCACAGCCCCGCUACACGCAGAUGAAUGACAACAGACAUGGCACGCGCUGUGCUGGGGAAGUGGCUGCUGUGGCAAACAACGGCAUCUGUGGUGUUGGCGUGGCGUACAAUGCCAGGAUCGGAGGUGUGCGCAUGCUGGACGGGGAGGUGACCGACGCUGUGGAGGCCCAUUCCCUGGGUCUCAAUCCCAACCACAUCCACAUCUACAGUGCCAGCUGGGGCCCUGAGGACGACGGCAAGACUGUGGAUGGCCCGGCCCGGCUGGCAGAGGAGGCUUUCUUCCGUGGGGUCAGCCAGGGCCGAGGCGGGCUGGGCUCCAUCUUCGUCUGGGCAUCUGGGAAUGGGGGCCGCGAGCAUGACAGCUGCAACUGUGACGGUUACACCAACAGCAUCUACACGCUGUCCAUCAGCAGCACCACCCAGUACGGCAACGUGCCCUGGUACAGCGAGGCCUGCUCCUCCACCCUAGCCACCACCUACAGCAGUGGCAACCAGAAUGAGAAGCAGAUUGUGACGACUGACCUCAGACAGAAGUGCACCGAGUUGCACACCGGGACGUCGGCCUCAGCCCCCCUGGCCGCUGGCAUCAUCGCCCUCGCUCUGGAAGCCAACAAGAACCUGACCUGGCGGGACAUGCAGCACCUGGUGGUGCAGACCUCGAAGCCAGCUCACCUGAAUGCCAAUGACUGGGUCACCAACGGUGUUGGCCGCAAAGUCAGCCACUCGUAUGGCUACGGCCUGCUGGAUGCCGGGGCCAUGGUGAGCCUGGCCAAGAACUGGACUACAGUGGGACCUCAGAGGAAGUGUGUCAUUGACAUCCUUGCAGAGCCCAGGGACAUUGGGAAGCGUCUCGAGGUACGGCGGAAAGUGGAUGCCUGCCUGGGGAAAGCCAACUACAUCAGCCGGCUGGAGCACGCGCAGGCCAGGCUGACGCUGUCCUACAACCGGCGGGGGGACCUGGCCAUCCACCUGGUCAGCCCCAUGGGCACCCGCUCCACCCUCCUGGCUGCCAGGCCCCACGACUUCUCGGCCGAUGGCUUCAAUGACUGGGCCUUCAUGACAACGCACUCGUGGGAUGAGGACCCCUCCGGGGAGUGGGUGCUGGAGAUUGAGAACACCAGUGAUGCCAAGAACUAUGGCACGCUUACCAAGUUCACGCUUGUGCUGUAUGGGACGGCCACCGACUCCCCCAGCCUCUCCAACCAGCUGGAGAGCAGUGGCUGCAAGACCCUGACCCCCAGCCAGACCUGUGUGGUCUGCGAGGAGGGCUACUACCUGCACCAGAAGAGCUGCCUGAAGCACUGCCCUCCUGGCUUCGCACCCGGUGUCCAGAGCACGCACUACAACCUGGAGAACAGCGUGGAGCCCAUUGCACCCCACCUCUGCCUGCCCUGCCACCCCUCCUGUGCCACCUGUGCGGGACCUGGCCCCAACCAGUGCCUCACCUGUCCUGCACACUCCCACUUCAGCAGCCUGGACCUCUCCUGCUCCCACCAGACACAGAGCAGCCGUGCGUCCCCUGCCCUGGCAGAUGGCGAAGGACCAGCUGAGGCCCCCUCUCCGGUCAACUUGCCUGUCCUCAUUGCCAGCCUCAGCUGCAUCCUCAUCGUCAUCAUCUUCGUCACCAUCUUCUUGGUGCUGCAAGCACGCUCAGGCUUCAGCCUGCGGGGUGUGAAGGUGUAUGCCCUGGACAGCGGGAUCAUCUCCUACAAGGGGCUCCCCUCCGACAUCUGGCAGGAGGAGGGUCCCUCUGAGUCGGACGGUGAGGAUUAUGAGGCCCACAGCGAGAGGACUGCCUUCAUCAGAGACCAAAGUGCCCUUUGAUGAGCCCUCCUGCCCCUCCCUCCUCCCUGCCCAGCACCGCAGGCCUGGGGCAGGUGAGGCUGAGGGGCCCUGGACUCUGCCCCUGUCCCCUUCCUGCACUGCAGGAGCCUGGGGCUCCCACCCACUGGCACCAUCCCUCAGCCCGAGUCUGGGUGGCCAGGCAUGGUCCUGCAGGCACCAUCCCCAGCACAGCACCGUCCCAGUCUUGCACCAUCUCUCCUGGCCCUGUGUCCAUCCUCUGCCCCAUGCCGGGGUGUUUGGUGGCAGUGGGGCCCGACACUUCCUGGCCCUGCACUGGUGGCAGUGUCUCCCGUGCUGGGUCCAUGGCUGCUGCCUGGGGUCUUGUGAGUUCUCCAGGGUGGGCAGUGUGUGAAAUCCCUGGGUUGCCAUGGCUCAAGGUGGGCUGGCCAGUGCAGGGGUGGCUCUGCCCCCAGAGCUGAGCCCAGCCUGUGUCACAGCAUCCCCCUGCCUCUCCCACCCUCGGCCCGUGUGGAGCUGCGUCCCAGGCUCAGUUCAUUGUGUCCCAGCUCCCUGCCACCUUCCCUGGGCCUGUCUGCUUCCACCCGAGCCCUUCGACAGCAAUAAUGGCCAGGCCUCAGCUGCUGCUGUCCACUGCCUGCCCAUCCCACCGCCGCUGCCUGCAGCGGGUAGGAGCCCUGGCACCGGGGAGCAUCAGGCUGGGCACUGCCUGACCCUGUGCCCAUGGCACAGCCCACAGCCUGGGCAGGGACCCCUCGCACAGUCCCUGCUUUGGGGGGCUGCCUUGGGCCCCUUGUGUUCUGCCCCUGGGGAGGGCUGUAGGUGCUGCUGGCUGGGACUGUCAGGUAGCGCCAGUGCCAGCACUGCCCCAGCUCUGCCUGCGUCCUGCCUGUGCUGGGCAGUGCCCAGCAUUCCUGCAGCCCUCGCCCCCCAACGUGCCUUGCCCCCACUUGGUGACAAUCUGUUCUGCUCCCCGCUGGAGCCCUUCCCCUUGCUGCCCCUUCCCUGGUGGGCCGGGGGCCAGUGCCACGAGCCCCUCUGCCGUCCGCCGCCGCACACCGGGGCCAUGGUGUAGGCUCCCACCUGCGCCAGCCGUGGAUGGAGCCACUGGCCAGGGGCCACAGGACUAUUUUUCUAUAACAACUUUUUGGUGCACAGUAAUUUUUUCUUGUAAUUUAAUCAGCCGGGAGCUGCCUCCUGAGCCUGUUUUUAAUUUAAUGGAUGUGGAUAUAACGCUAGAGAGACUGAGUUAUUAAAUGUUCAGAACUAUGCAAACCA